CCUGUGUGUGUGCGUGUGAGAGACAGAGUGGGUUGUUGUGUCUGUGGAACGCACUGCGUGAGGGACGGUGUUCGUUUGAUAGGGAGCCAAGCUAGUGGGCUAAUCGGGGAAAGCAUAAUCACCACCUCUCCUAGCGGCUUUAAUAAUAUCGUAUUUCCAUAUAAAGAUUAUGCGAAAGCCGCCGACCCUGAUCGAGCUGCCUUGGUUCCUACUUCGCUAUGUCGGUACCAGAGCUUGCUAGCUAGCGGUCUAUUUACACUACAGAUGCUAUUCCAGCAGCGGAGAAGAAGGGGGCAUGAAUAAGCAAGAGGGAGGAUGGGUUCUCGUUUUCCUGACGGCUAGCUAGCCUUAGAGCUUCGCUGAAAACAAGGACAUACUGAAGGCACAGCAUUAUUAGAUUAUUUAGUACCUCUGUCUGACGGAGUUUUGUUCGUAAAAUGGUUUAAAGUACUUCUUCAAAUGGGGGUUCGGCCGUCAAGCACCCUCUCUGGGUUGUUGUUCGGCACACGGAGUUCGAAUGUGGGAAAUAGCUAGCUAGGUGGCUAGCUAUCCUGCUAGUCUCAAUAACCAAAUGCUGCUGCUGCUACCGUGCAGCUCCGAGCGAGAACACCAGCGACUGGAGACUUGGGCCCUGACGUUGCGCCAGCUCCGUUUGCUUUAUCGGAGGAAGAUUCUGGGCGAAAAGAUGGUAGUUUGAGAUGUGAUUUUUUUUCUCCGUUUUUAGCCAUAUGUAAGCCGAAUGAAGGUGUGUUGAUUUGCUGUUGCUGCCAUCUCCAAAUGAAUAAUGACAGGCUGAACCUCCAAACCAGUUGAAUCUAUUUUGAAGGGGGUGAGGUGGACCAAUAACUAUCUAACGGAAACAAAUAUCUAAAAACUGUAUCUCUGAGGUCUAAACUCCUUGGUCUUACCUGGAACUCUAAGCCACGUCUUUCAUAUCUGCUCAUUUAAAGCACACAGACUUGAGCUGCAAAUAUGGAUAAAUUAACAAUUAUAUCAGGAUGUCUGUUUCUGGCAGCGGAUAUCUUUGCAAUCGCAAGCAUUGCAAACCCCGACUGGAUCAACACAGGCGAAUCUGCAGGUGCCCUGACGGUAGGCCUGGUGCGGCAGUGCCAGACCAUCCACGGUCGGGACCGCACCUGUAUCCCCCCGCGGCUUCCCCCCGAGUGGGUCACCACGCUCUUCUUCAUCAUCCUGGGUAUCAUCUCCCUCACAGUGACCUGUGGCCUGCUGGUGGCAUCCCACUGGCGCCGCGAGGCCACCAAAUACGCCCGCUGGAUUGCCUUCACUGGGAUGAUCCUGUUCUGUAUGGCGGCGCUCAUCUUCCCCAUCGGUUUCUACAUCAACGAGGUGGGUGGCCAGCCAUACAAGCUGCCCAACAACACGGUGGUGGGCUCCUCCUACGUCCUCUUUGUCCUCUCCAUCUUCUUCACCAUAGUGGGACUGCUGUUCGCAGGCAAGGUGUGCCUGCCCGGCUGACUGCGGCUACCGCUCUGCCACCUGGACUUUCAGCUGGGGCCGAGGAAAAACAUACACAGGAGAUAAAUCAAAUGGAGGAAAAGAAAAAUGGACGACUAAAAAGAAAAACACUGGCCAGAAAGCAGGGAUGGGAUGUCUCUGGCGGACGGUGUGACGAUAUGCAGCUGGGACGGUUAACGCGGAAUAACAAACUAACUGAGAUGAAUAGACAUGGACGAAUAUGGACGCUGUCGAACUGACUCAGGCUUUUCCCCUCUCUGCCUUUGCUUAUUUAAAACAUGUUAUUUUUACAUUGUUGUUGUUGCACUUUGGAGAGCGAUGUGGGAGACACACGUCCGCUCCAUGGGGGGGGUGAAGAGGGGUGGGGGGGUUGGAACGACCGCCGUCCUUUCCCCAAACCCCCUGCUGUUGCCACGGCGACAGUAACUAUGACGUCACACCUUUCAGAGGAUCUCCACUUCACCCUUCCUGCCCAGCGAGAAAACAAACCGUUGUCAUCUCAACUGUUCCUGUUGCUAUUUUUGGCUUCUUACACUAUUUCAGUUGUUUUGGUUUCUUCCAUUUAGGGUUUUUUGGGGUUGUUGCUUUCUCCUUUCCCCCUUUUUCACUGAGGUGGUUUGAGGUGGUUUGGGUCAACGAACCUCUGGAGGAGCUGUAAGGGUAUAUUAAGAGGCUGCUGAGGGGGUCAUUGUCUCUCUGCCUCCCCAUGUGUGGCCUGGGACAAGAGUCACUUCAGCCAUGGUUAGGCAGUAACUAGGGAGGGAGCUAUUUGGGGUAGAGGGGGAAGGUUGGUUGAGAUGACAUCCUAGGUGGCAUCCUAGCUUGCUGGGCAUGAGCAAGUCCCCUUUGGAAGAAGGAGGGUGGACUGCUACAUUGGCCUUUCCAUCUUCACCCUAACCUUAACCCCCGCACCAUGACCCAUAUAAUCCAUGGGAUUUAGACAGGUGCGCUGUUCCAGAGAGGGGAGGAUAGGACCCCAGGCCCUGAGGACCAAGGUUCCUUAAUUAGCCAGGCACCACACAGUAAGUCAAGCACCUACCAGCUGCUCUACAGGAAAGGAAAAAGGGAAUGAAGACUGAGAGCACCUAGAUUAUUAUGAAACAUGGAUGGGAUCAGGCAGGAGUGAUGUUUUGUUUUUGCUUUGUAAAAUAGUAAUAAAAGGCAUCAGGGACUGCAGGUCAGGUCGUUGUGUGGGGCUGUGCCUCACUACUGUGCUCUGCCCGAUGCCUGUGAAACACACACGCACACACACACUAACAGAUGCACAAAAGACUCGCACACAAACACACACGUGUUUCGGGCUCAAUCUCUAAGUCAUGGUGAAGAAUUUGUUGUCCAUUUCCAUUCCUGCUCAGCUUUUCUUUGUGUUGGUCUGUAUAAUAUGGAUUGUGAAGAAGCCCUUUCUGGUUCCUAGUUUGAUUUGUUGUUGUGCCAUGAUCAGAAUUUCUGUUUUAGGAAGCACUGUGCAUUCAACGGUAUAGCUAAUAGCAGAAGAGGCACCACAAAUGUAUAAAAAAAUAACUUCUUACCUCAUAUUUUUUUCUUAUUCAAACUACUACUUUUAUGUUUUCCAAACCAUGGCGAUGAGUUCCCUAGAAAUUGUAUUGUCUUGAUCAGGCAUAAAGCUUGUGAUCAACGCAAAUUAUUUAUCUUUCACUGAAUAAAAAGAGAAAAAAGACAGAUGUGUUUGAGUCUGACACAAUCACUCUACAUACUGUAUAAUGUUUAUUCUGUUUCAACAUGUUCGUGUUCAGCUCCAGGCCUCGAGGGCCACCAUGUCAGCUGGUUUAUGUGUUGCCUGGUUUGUCAUUUAUCAACUAGUGUCUUUGACUGGUUAGGGAGUAGCCAAUCACACCGGUCUCUGAUAAAAGGCAAUGACAAAAACCAGGGCGAUGUUCAGUAGGAGAAAACCUCCCUGUUUCAAAAGUUAUGUAAAACUUAUAAAAUAAUCCAGUGGACCACUUAUUUAUUUAUUUAUUUUACCUCAAAAAUCGUUUAAUUUGUGGGGGGGGUUCAGUUAUAUAUUUUUCAGUUUCUUAUGGAAUAAUCUGUAGAAGAAUGUGCCAUCUCCAAAUGGCCUUCCCAUCUGAAUGUUUUCAGACAUUGCACUUUUUUCAACACAAACCUAUGUAGAAGACAGAGGCAACCAAGGUGCAUCUCAGUUGAAGGGCUAUAUGUUUUCAGUCAGCCUGCAAAGUGAUUAUUGUUCAUCUGGAAAUGAGCACCAGUGAAGUUAGUGAAGAACAAAACGUACAGUACCCUCCCAACCCCGCGACUAUUGAUUCAAGUUGUUUCUUUUUUGAAGACUUUAACAGUGUUUGCCAUAUUCACCUUUGAAUUGACUUAAUCUCCAGUUAAGUUUUACAGUCAAACCUAUGAGUGACCUUUCAUUCGUGUUCAUACUGCAUUCAUGUUUCUGUUAAAUGUGGGUUUUGUUCAGAAGUCUGUGUGUGUCCAGCCAAGAAUGGACAAAGAUUUACAUAAUGCAACUGAUUACAUUUUUCCUUCCAUCAUUUACAAACACUAAUUAUUUACAGUUUAAAAAGGAAUAAUGUAUCCACAGCAAAAUGAUAAUCUGAUUAUAUGGAAGUGCACAUUCACUGUUUGGGUAAAUUAUUAGCAAGACACUAGUCACUAACAUCAUCUGACUGUAUAGAAUAAAAGGCACCAACUAUGCAAAUAAAGACAUGAGAUCUACAGGUGUAAUAGUCAAGGCUCCUCUUCCAUCUAAUUACAGCAUCUUCUCUGUCAACCAUCUUGAAACUAAUCAAUGCCUGUGAUGUGAUCCAUACUCUCAAUUAAAUCCAAAAGAAAGGAAAUAAAGGGACACAUUUACCAAUCACUUCCACCAGUCCAAAGUUUGCACCUGUUAUUUUCUGAGAGAAAGAAAUUAGUAUUUUAAAAUGAAGUUAAACCAUGAAAGUGUCUUUAGUAACACCUGCUUCACUCCUCUUGGAUAACAACAGAUGGAGCAAUCCUCACACCAGAGCGAAAAAUUUAGGGUGCAUCCCAAAUGGCACCCUAUUCCCCAUCAAAUGGCACCCUAUUCCCUGAUAUGUUGGUAUAGUGUGCCAUUUGGCCCAUUUUGUAAUGAGGAAUGUCCCAAAUCUGGUUGUUUGGAUAAAGAGAGCUGGUUCUUUUUUGGGUAUUAGGUGAAGUCUGCCAUUUUGCCAUUCAAAUGAAUUUACCAGCUAGAUUGACCCCCUAGAGUCUAUGUCCGUGCCCCUGUGGAAAUGUAAUUAGCAUAAUAAACAAAUCCCCAUCAAAAUCUGUCUGUUUAAGAUGGAGCAUUUGCAGUGGAAGUUGUCCGAGCUACAGCGGUGUUUGUCAGACAAUGACACGGUCUUCUCACGAAAAUGUUUGUAGUGUCCAAACGGUUUGGCCUCCAAACUAAUAGAGCCCCACAGUGGAGGUGUCAUAAUUCCCAUAAAACCUAGUGGUCAAACAAGGAAAUGGUUCCAAUCAUUUUCCUAAGAUGUAUUUUUCCUAUAGGGAAUGUUAGAAACUCUUCAAAUAAGGGCUGUGUUUCAUGUAGGCUUACCCUGGCAUGAAGUUUUGAUAACCGUGUACAUCUCUCUCGGACACGGUGACUUUUAUCAAUAUAUUUACUCUCAGAUGCGAAAAUGCUAAUUAGCAUCAAAGUAGACACCAUACAAGACUACAAAACCCUGCAAGCUCCUGCACGUCAUCUUCAGCUGACACCUUUGCUAACAGGUAUACUGUCAAAGAAAUGUAACCAAUUUAUUAAUUAUAAAAUGUAUCUAACAUUAGAUAGUUAAUCUAGAGAUUCUUACCUUUGACUUGAUUUGGCAGUUGUCCAGAUCAUCAUGGCAUUUGUAGUUAUUUGACAGCCAUAUUAGCAGCUAAUUAGCAUUUCAUUUUUGUGGGGGUGAGGGGGGAGUAAUUACAGGCGAAUAUAUUGAUAAAGGUCACCUUGUCCUAGAGAGAUUUACACGGUUAUCAAAAUGUCACGCCAGGGUAAGCCUAUACGAAGCAGGCCUUAUUUUAAGUGUUUCUAAAAUCUCCUAUGGUGAAAAAUGUAUGAAAAUGCAACCAUUUCCUUGUUUGACUGCUAGGUUUUAUGGGUAUUAUGACUCAUACUGUGGUACUCUAUAUGACCACUCUAUGGAAAGGUGAGACUCUCACGAUGGUGUUCUACAUUUUGUGUUCUCUACGACCCCCACAAUCGUCACGGGACUCGCCAGAAGUCGGUACCACCGAUCUGCCAACUUCUGUCUGUAGCGUCCAAACAGUUUUGGCUACACACUAACAUGACCCCUCUAUGGAAAGGUGAGACUCUCACGAACACGGAAAGGUGAGAAUCUCCUACACAUGUCGGUUGUUUUACUCUAUGACCCUCACAAGACGCAUCUGAGGGUAGCCCGGUACCAGUUAAAAGUUUAGUGCCCCAAAAAAAGGUUAAAUAUGUGCUUAGACUCUUAAGGAUUAAGUUCAGUCAACCAGAGACAGGAAGCUUUUCCUGACCAUGUGACCUGACCAGUAACAACUCUGGGCCUAGUCUACACUUAGCAAAAAGGGUUCUUUGUCUUUCAACAUAAGAUAACCCUUUUUUGGUUCCAGGUAGAACCUUUUUGGGUUCCAUGUAGAACCCUCUGUGGAAAGGGUUCUACAUGAAACCCAAAAGGGUUCUACCUGUAACAUAAUGGGUUCUACCUGGAACCAAAAAUGGUUAUUCAAAGGGUCUCUCCUAUGGGAACAGCCAAAGAACCCUUUUAGGUUCUAGAAAGAACUUUUUUUUCUAAGAGUGUAUAGCCUAGUAUAUAACUUAGGUUCAGAGGUUUUCCAGGUGACAUCACAUGAUCCCCCCCAAAAUUCCAGACCCUGAUUCUGUUAUGGAGUGAUCUGAUAUGGUUGCCUUCAGACUAGACCAUGACUUUGUUGCAGAACAGCUUUACAUGCAUAGAGAACAGCAGCCACAUCUCUUCCUCCUCAAUGGUGACUCAUCUACAUACACUACGUGUCUAAUCUGUUUAUCUGCUCUGUCUGAGCACACACUCUUUCCACCCUUUCCCUCACCAUCUGAGGUUCUUCCCCUCUCUUUGUGUUCUGCGCUGCUCUGUUGGUACAAUGUUGUUGUUUUUCUCAGUAACUUGAGCUAAAUGACAGCUGAAAGCCUUCACAGAGCCAUAGUGUAUGUGUGUGCACAUGCAUGCAUCUGCGCAUGUGCGGGUACCUUAUGUAUGUCUAUGUAUGGGUGUGUGUGUGUAUGUUUGAGUGACAGGUUAUGAGGUUUGAGGAUGAAUCUCCCAGCCUAGAAUUACAUGGGCUUCCCUCUGGGCCCUGGCUGAUGAGCCCUGGCUGAUGAGCCCUGACAGAUCUGAGAGCAGUGUGGGUGUGCUGGCUGGAUUCAAACGGUCAGAGGCUAUCUCUGGUCCCUCAGCUCGUCUGUGACUAACCAAUCCAUCCAUUUGCCACCAUAAAAAUAGAAUGCCAUUUUCUCUUCUAGGAAUUAUAUUUCUAUGUUUGCCACAUUCUCGUGCUUGGAAUGAGUCAUUGGUAAAACAGUUUGCAGAGGAGAUCUAUAUUCACGCUGAAACCAUUUUAACACAGUUUUAUAUGAUUAAAACCGACGGGAGAAAUGUAUAGAGUGUUUGAGACCAUUCUUGAAUGCAAAUUAGUUAUCAAUUAAGAAUAUUUGUUUUUAGUUACGUUAAUUAAGAUGAAUCAGUUGCGAACUUGACUAAAAGCAUCACGGUCGUGUGGUGAUGAAUUGAACAAAGAGCUAAUCUUAAAUUGACCUCUCAAUCGCAAUUAAGAGCUCAAUUAAUUAAGCUUGAUUAAUUGAGAGCUCAGAACGUAAUCAAAUUGAAACCCUGCAAUCAGAUUGGCCUGAAGCAACACCAUGCAGACAUAAUAAUGAUGGGUCCUUUUUCAUAUUGAUGAAUAUAGAACCUAUUUUUCUCCACAUAAUGUUACAUUUUAAGUAGGAGCACAACCUGUGAUCAUAUUAGGAUACCCAGUCACCAAGGACAUGUUAUGGAUCUAUUUUCAAAAUCUGGCCGUGACCCCACUCUCUGAGUGUCUCAGGGAGAGUCUCAGGGAGAGCAAAUUCACACAUGCUGAUUAAUACACGCUUGUAUUGGUGGGAAAUAGGACAAAUAUAAGCACCCAUCAAAUUAUUACUAUAAAUCUGUAUAAUUUAUAGAGAGCUAAGAGAACUGUGAAAGAAUAGCUGACUUCUAUGAUGAAUGAUGAUUCAUUCUACUGAUGAAAUGUUCAUAGGGCCAUAUCAAGUACACAGUCCCUAUAUAUUUUCUGUUGUCUUUACUUAUACCAACACAAAUUCACACACACACACACACACACACUGAUAUAUCAAUCAAAAUGGUACAUUGCUUUGAUGAUGGUAACAACCUGCAUCUUGUCUGUAUAGAUGUAUUAGCAGACCACAUUGAGGUUAUCAAGGAGAGAGAUGUUCACUGUACAAACAACUGACUCCUCAAUGGGACUAAAAUGAAGAGUCUUUAGCGAUGAAGCACACUCAAGUCGAUGUCGAUUUUGAACAUUAUUUGGUGUUUCUCUGCCGGAAAUGCUGGGGAUUUGUUGUAAUAAUCACUAAUGUAUGUUUUUUUGUGGUGUAUGUCUGGGAAAUAUCACAGGUUAUAAUUGUUCAUAUAUUUUGGGAUUUUAACUUUUCAGAAUGUUUUUAUUUGUAUUCUUCUGUUGAUUUGUGGUUUAUGAACAAGAAACCCCUUUUUAUCACCUGUACUUAUGUUAUUGAGCAAAUGUACCAAAAUAAAAUCCACUGCUUAAGGA